GACAACAAGUCACACACACAACAACAUAAGUCGCUUACGACGACUUCACACAACACAAAUCACACACAAUACAUACUCUCUCUACUUUCUCUCUCUAAAAAUGUUUUUUCUCUCCUACCCAUCUCCCAAAACGUGUUAAAUCUCUAAACACUCAACACACCCUCAAUUUGGCGGACUAAGCCAUGGAAUCGUGGAUAGCCUCCACCAGGUGGCAUUAAAUAGCCGACGACGCUCAAUUACGACCGUGGGACCGAACUAGGUCUAACGUCAUCGUAUUUAUUUUAUUCCAUUCAGGUUACUAAUUUGAGCGUCGGAGGAGGUUCCAACCAGGACCCCCCGGUGGGACUUUUUUUCCUAGGUAUUCACACGGAGCUGGAGGUGGUUAAAGGCUUUGGGAAAUCAGCGCUCUCCGGACCUUAGACAUAUUGAAGUAGGCUGCUCUAAACUUGGCAUCAACAAUUGGCGCCCACCGUGGGGCCCGAUGGGAAGAAUAUUUCCAAAUUUUUAAGAAACCACCGCCAAGCUGUGAUGAAUACCCAAGGUUCUCCCAACAUUCUUACUAUCGAAGCAGUACGUCGCUUUUACGCGUAAUCGAAACUGGGGGCAACCCAACCCCCCGUUCACCACUCAGUGAGGCACCAAGUCAAAAUACAGAGCCCAGAGUGGUGCAACUUGCACAUACUACCUCUAUUCCGGCACCAGAAGGAAUUCUCACCCCUACUCCGGCACAAGUACGUGAGAUUCAGGUUAAAAUUGAGCGACUCAGAGCUCAACUUAGAGCCAAAGAGGCCUCCCAUAUUAAUGCUCGUGGCUCCUCCAGAGUACUGACUCACUCCUACUUUCACUCUAGGAAUUGGCCAAGUGUAACCACUUCCUAAAGCGUAGUGUAGCGGGUUUGGGUUUUAAUGUCAACCCGGGUACUAGAUUUGAUGACUACUCGGUGAAUUCUUGUUAUCUAGCAAUGAAACUUUAGUGCAGGUCCAAAUUAACAAACAAACAAAGCAAGUAAAACGGUUGUUUUCAAGUCGAGAGAGGUCACCCGGAUAUGGUUCCCCCUAGACUGCAGUUAAGGCGGAUUGCAAUUACCAAGUUCAAUUUCUAUGAUAGUUAUACUGCGGAAGGUUCUUAAGCAGUCUGAAGUCUCGACUAAAGGUCUCCAAACCCUCUCAAUCUGAGUCUCUAGCGGGCGACUAACCUCCACCGGAGUAAACAGAUUGAGGCCCUAACGAACAAAACCUCCUCUACCGAAGUGAAUUCGGUACAGAAUAGUGAGUUUGCUCCUCGACUAAAGUCACCAACUCCCUACCUUCAAUCAAGGAUGCUCUAUCAACCUAGGCAGAUAUUCUCAUUCUAGGUUAAAGCAGAAACAACAUGAAUUUGAUCAGGAUUCAAGCCAUUCAAUCAUUCAAACCUCAAUUGAAUAUAAUCAAAUCAUAGAAUCAGUACUUGGGUUCAUACAAUCAAACCUAACAUACAAAUCUAGGGUUUCCCAUACCCAGAUGAAUGGGAGAACUACUCCAUGGAGAAAGAAGCAAAAGCAUAUUCAGACGUGGAAAUCAUACUGUGAAGGAUGGAUUUCUGCUCCUGGUUGUCAAUCGGCACUUCUCCAAGCUCAAGCCAAGCUCCAAUGGUGAUGAAGAUCAAGCUAGGACACUUGGGAACUCUUGUUCGUCACUUUCUCUCUCUAGGAAUCGCUCUGUCUCUCUAAAACUCGAAUCCCCUUCUCUUUUGGCUGAAAUCUCCCUAAAAGGGCAUCACUGGGCAAAACAUGGUCGAGGACACGGCCGUGUUCUGCUCCAGCCCGCCCGUGCCCUUGCCACGUGGUAAAUACAUGGCCAGCCUUUUGGGAAAACACGAGCGUGUUUGAUGAUGGACACGACCGUGUUCUGGGUCAGUCCCGCCCGUGUUUUGAGCUAGUGUUUGUCACUCUUGGAUCAAGCCUCGGCAGUAAAAACACGGUCCAGGAACACGGCCAUGCUUUGAUUUAGGCGUGCCCGUGUUUUGGCUCCAGCUCGACUGAAUGAGAUCCGAAUGCCCCAAAACUCGUGCUUAGCCUUUCCUUCGACGUCUGGGACCUGAAAUAUGACAAAGUAGCACAACCCGACGUAAAAUAGGCCAAAAAUACACGAAUAUGCCCCUCAAACGGAUAAGAACUAGGGGUACAAAUAUGUGCAAUUACAUCGUUAUCAAAUUCCCCCACACUUAACCGUUUGCUUGUCCCCAAACAAACCAAGUCAGACACAAGGUAAGCUCAAGACGUUUCAAUCAAGCAUGCUUUAGGGCAUAUCAUAUCGGCACAAAACACAUGGAUCAUACUGGUUUUCGAUCAUUAACACAUGGACAACCUCAAUGACAACCUAGACAGCCACCACAUAUGACAUUCGAAUUCAGUAAAGUCGAGCAAAGGAAGAGUCUCCCUUCUGUUCACCAACUAACAUAGACUUGACUCAACCACGUAUUCGAGACAGUCACUUCAUGCACAAAGCUCAAGAUAUCAAAAUUAAGACCGAGCAAUCUAGGUCCUCACUGGGAUAAAGAGUAUAGAGAAUAUGAGAAAAUGAAUCGCGCACUCUCGACCAGUGGGGUCAGGACAAUUUGAUGCGAAAAAUGCGCAUGCUUAUUCUCUCAAUCCCUAACGUCUCUUCACCAUGAAUGCAGCCUCUAAAUGCUAGAGUUCACAUAUGGAGUGUCACCACUAACUAAUCCGGAGGUCUUAGACACAAGUUCAGAUGACUGGCUAGGGUCUUGGACAUGGGGAAAAGGCCUUUUAGGUGGUGGAAGUAUUCAUAGCACAAGGUUCCACAUUUCCAAACCCAACAAACUCAUAGUCAAUCAAACCAAUAACUUUCUUUCUGCUAUUUUGCAUUACUCAAAUUCUUCAGAGCACAAGAGCGAAGGAGGUCACUUAAAUGCUAGUAUUUCUAAGCCAGACUGCUAAGAAACACUCCUUAAUGGG